AUGGAGGGCUGGAAGCCGAUUGUCCUCCUCUGUAGUGAUUUCCGUGGGAAGGAAAUGCCGCGAUUGCACACAUGGCUCCUGGUCAAUUUGGCGGAUGUUGAACGUGAUGAUUACUUUGGCGACAAAUACGUCGUUGACCCAAUUCACAUACUUGAGUAUCCGGAUGAAGACGCUCUGCCUGUAACGUCUGAGGAGCUACAAGAGCACAGCCUAUUCUGCGGAACGAAUUUGCGGAAAUUGUGUUUGGAGAACCAGCCAUGGAAGGAACGUUUGUCGAUUGAGACCAUACGUGGGAUACUAUCCAACAGCAAGGAUACUCUGGAGGUCCUCAGCCUCGCCUUUGUCAUCGAUCCCAUCUAUAACAACGCCCCUCGUCCAGAGUCUCGUCUGACCCUUCCUCAUGUCUGUUCCCUCAAGCUCGAAUACCUAAUCUCCGAUGAAGCCAAGAACGUUUUCCGGACGUUCGACUUUCCUGGGAUUCGCAAACUGACUCUGCGGAAUCGGCGAGAUGACCUAGACGAUAGUUAUGUUCUCAUCGAGCUAAUGAAGUACUUUCACCUGGAACAGCUAGUCGACCUCGAGUUGACUGGAAUUUGGGUUCUUCCGGAAGAUUUUUCCGAACUGGAGGUACUGAAAGACGAUGAGAUUCCGGAGGACUAUUUUGUGAUACUUAAACUCUUUCGCCGGUUGACACAAGUCGGGCGGUUCACGUUGCAGAAUUGUUGUAAUGAUUUUUUGAGGUUUCUGAAUUAUAGGGAUCGAGGGGGGCCUUUGAAUUUGUCUGGGAUCAAGCAUCUGGUUGUGAAGGAGCAUACGGAAAAGGCGAGUGCUGGUGUGGUGGUGGUAUUCAUACAAGAUCGAUUGGAACUUGGCAUGGUGAAUGGGGUUUAUGAGGGUUCAGUUUUGGAGAGUUUGAUCCUUGAUGUGCAGGCGGAUGUGCAGGCAGAGAUUAAGUCUCUUGGAGACCUUGCAUUUGCGAAAGAGAAAAAAAUUACGUAUGAGUAUGAUGGGUAG